UGCUCAGCUCUUUGCUUUCGUUUAUGACUUCUUGUAUCAGAUUGUUUUUGAUAAGCUUGAGCUCUUGUUUCUGUUGAUUCGUUCUACUCGUGCAAGCUAGAAGUAUGAUAGUAGCUUUGGUAUGCUCUACCGUGUUGAUCCUUGUAUCUAUUGAGGCCUCGCCAGCUCCAACCAAGAGUUUUGACGAAUUGCUAGAUGCACUCAUUGGCUUAGAAAGCAAUAGGAAGAACCUAAUAAAUACUGUGAUUAAAGCAGCUGAGAACAAAAACAUUAAUGUUACGGACAAAUUCCUGGAUACAAUUAGGGAGACAGAUGAAGUGCUUAUGAGCAUUCGAUACUAUUUUGAUGCUGGUAAGGUCAUGUUUGACGUCAGAAAAGGAGUAGCAAAAAUGCCAGCAGAUUUUCGUGAGAGAACAUCGAUCCUCAAAGUCGAGGAUUACUUACACAAUCAAAUGCUUAAGCUGUCUGCAAACCUCAAAACGUUAGAGGCACAAAUGCAAGACCUUGCGACCAAUGAUGUUGGCAUACUGAGGCCGUUAAUCAACGUGCUAAAUGAGGGUGAUCAGGCUCUUGUUCCGAUCAUAAAACAGUUCAUGGAGGACCUAGCGAAGACGGCUACGCAAAUGCAAGGUGGCAAGCCAUGAUACUAAACGAUCCUCAACGAAUUUCUGAAUCAUAGAUUUUUAUUUACUAAGGUUUGCGUUCCUCUAUUAUCAGUAUUAUUGACAAUAUGGGCACAAUUUCAUCCUAUAAUGGACCACUAGACAAGGUACGAAUUUAAGCGAUCUGAUACAUGUUUCCUAACCAGAAUUUCACGUGAAAAACGAUUCACACAACGAAAAUUACGGAAACCAACUCCUAACGAAGAUA